AAACUAAAUUAGUCAUUUUUCCUUUUUUAUUUUUGGGGAAUGGCUAUUGGCAAUUUGUGAACUCAAUGCAGAGAACAGGAAAAGCAUACCGGUAAGCAGGUUCGCAGAGAGAAGAGAGUGAGCACCGAAAAUCUUCGUCCCUCAAACCUUUAAAUGCUGCGUCACGCCCGAAACCUCCUCAGAAAAACCUUAUCCUCAACAACCGCAAGCGCAGCCUCCUCUCCCAAUUUCCCCAAACACUCUUUGCUUUACGAAAUCUCCUCACAAAGACAGCAGCAAAGUUGGCGUCGUCGAUAUGUUUCCGGCUCGGCCUCGAGCCCGAGCCUGUCGAUAUGGAGAAGAAAGAAGGAGAUGGGCAAGGAGGGUCUCAUCGUGGCCAAGGAGCUCAAGAGGCUCCAGUCCCACCCGGUCCGCCUCGACCGGUUCAUCCGCUCCCACGUGUCCCGCUUGCUCAAGUCCGAUCUUGUCGCCGUUCUCGCUGAGUUCCAGAGACAAGAACAGGUCUUCCUCUGCAUGAAGUUAUAUGAUGUGGUGCGCAAAGAAAUUUGGUACCGGCCAGACAUGUUCUUUUAUAGGGACAUGCUUAUGAUGCUUGCUAGAAACAAAAAGGUUGAUGAAGUAAAGCAGGUUUGGGAAGACCUGAAGAGAGAGGAAGUUCUGUUUGAUCAGCAUACAUUCGGAGAUCUUAUCAGAGCCUUUUUAGAUAGUGGAUUGCCCUCGGAUGCAAUGGACAUAUAUGAUGAAAUGCGACAAUCUCCUGAUCCUCCAAUCUCUUUGCCUUUUCGAGUGAUAUUGAAAGGGCUCCUUCCAUACCCAGAAUUGAGAGAGAAGGUGAAAGAUGACUUCUUGGAACUUUUUCCUCAUAUGAUUGUGUAUGACCCACCUGAAGACUUGUUUGAAGAUCAAGAUUGGAGAAGGGAGAAGGAAGAUGAUUAGAUGGUGUUGCUGCUUAUGUGCUCAUUGCUCCACAGGAGACUGCUCUUCCCUGGGGAAGCUCACCAUUGGCAAUGACUAGAAGCAAGUAGAUGCCUGUGAUAAGUUGAUGCAGUUGCGGGUUACUUACCCAUGGUUGAUCUGCUCCCCAAUGCUGUAAAAGCUCACUCAUGGUCUUCCAAGUUUGGAAGCUCGCUUUUCAUGGCAUGCACAGUGCAUGUGAGGAUUGAAUUGCUCUUAUUGCCACUCCUCAGCAUGAUGCGUUUCAUGUGAUGCAAUUUUGAUUGGACUGGCCUGAAAAUAUGAUAAUACUUUUGGUUGAUGCAUUUCUUGCAGAUUUGCUUGCCCUAUGCUCCAUUAAUUUUUAAAAUAUGUAGUCUGAAGUUUGGUUUA